AUGAGACCGGGAAGCCUGAAAGACCCCGAAAUAGCAGAACUCUUCAACAAACAUGACCCGGAGAAGAUAUUCGAGGAUCUGCGCGAAAUCGGGCACGGUUCGUUCGGUGCAGUUUACUACGCCAAAUGCAACCUCACGCCCGAGAUCGUGGCGAUCAAGAAGAUGUCCUACAUGGGCAAGCAGAGCAUGGAGAAAUGGCAGGAUAUCCUGAAGGAGAUUCGCUUCCUGCGGCAGCUGAAUCACCCGAACACGAUCGAGUAUAAGGGAUGCUAUCUGCACGAAAAUACGGCCUGGCUCGUGAUGGAGUACUGCGUCGGGUCGGCCUCGGACAUUAUCGAGGUGCACAAGCGACCUCUGAAGGAGGACGAAAUAUCGGCCAUCUGCGACGGCGUGCUGCGAGGUUUGAGCUAUCUGCAUGGACUGGGGCGAAUUCAUCGUGACAUCAAAGCUGGCAACAUUUUGCUUACCGAGCAGGGUAUAGUAAAGUUAGCCGAUUUUGGCAGUGCAGCGAUCAAAUGCCCGGCAAAUAGCUUCGUUGGUACGCCCUACUGGAUGGCACCGGAGGUGAUUUUGGCGAUGGAUGAGGGCCAGUACGAUGGCAAGGUGGACGUGUGGUCGUUGGGCAUCACCUGUAUCGAACUGGCGGAACGAAAGCCUCCGUACUUUAACAUGAAUGCUAUGUCAGCGUUGUACCAUAUCGCGCAGAACGAUGCUCCAUCGCUGCAGGCGCACGAGUGGUCAGAUAUGUUUCGAAACUUUGUAGACUUUUGCCUCAAAAAGUUACCAAUCGACCGACCAACGUCGACGCAGCUACUGAAGCACUCUUUCGUGACAAGAAUGCGUUCAUCGAACGUGUUGAUUGAUUUGAUCGCCAGAACGAAAGCUGCCGUGAGGGAGUUGGACAAUCUCAACUAUAGGAAGAUGAAGAAAAUUCUAAUGGUGGACUGCGAAACGGAAAGUAACAUCGGAGAUGCAGAGGAUACACCCGACGAACAGAUCGGAGGGGACAGCAGCAAGAGCAACAGCAUAACUUCCGAGCACUCGCUACCAUCGGUCGAUCAGCAGUCGCAACAGCAGUCCCAGCAACACGCUGGCCUGUUGCGGAAUUCCUCCCGAUCUCGGCCGACAGGCAAUGCAAUAUCUUUAAUGCAGAACAAUUUGUCGGGUGGAAACGCGAGGGAUAGUAUGUUAUCCAAUAUCAUGAUGGCCGGCAUGAGUGGUAGUGGCUCGGGUAGUGGCAUGUUGAUGGCUGCUGGAAUGAGCGGUAUGCCUAGUGGUAUGGGUCCGAAUGCAACGCAGACCGGAAGUGGCACUGGUGGACCGGCAAAUGUCACUGGCAACAUGGUCCAUCAUCAUCACAACUCGUCUAGUCCCGUGGUAUCGGCACAUCAUCACCCGCAACACAACCACAAUCACGUGUCGCAGGUGGCGGCUAAUGCCGUUGCUGACCAUGGUGCCAACAACUUUGCUACGAUCCGUACAACCAGUAUUGUGACGAAACAGCAAAAAGAACAUAUGCAGGAGGAAAUGCACGAGCAAAUGUCAGGCUACAAACGGAUGCGCCGGGAGCACCAGGCCGCUUUGGUAAAGCUGGAGGAGAAAUGCAAGGUGGAGAUGGAACAGCACAAGUCUGCCUUGGAUAAGGAAUACGAUUUGCUGUUGCAUAAUUUUACUCGAGAGUUGGACAAACAAUCGGCUAAACAUCAGCAAGAGAUUGUGCGACGAGUUAAGCAAAACGAUGCGGCUGAGAAAAAGCUGCACAAGGAGAUAUCAACUAGACAGGAAGGCGACCGUAAGGCAUUUGAAAUUCAUCGAAAGAAGGAGUACAAAGCCAACAAGGAGCGCUGGAAACGCGAACUAUCCAUGGACGAUACGACUCCGAAGCGGCAGCGAGAUGCCACCUUGCAAACCCAAAAGGAUAACCUCAAGCUGGCAGAAGCGCAGGAAGAGCAGCGAUUGCUGCGAGUACAGAAGAACUACAUCGAGUUGGAAAUGCGCAAAUUCCGCAGGAAAAAAUUGGGACUGUUGCAUGAUCUCGAAGAUCAGCUAUUACGAGAUGAACUCAGUAAGAAACAACAGCAACUGGAGCAAGCUCAUGGCAUGCUUAUUAAACACCACGAAAAAACUCAAGAUCUCGAGUACCGUCAGCAAAAGAGCGUACAUGCGCUUAGAGAAGAGCAGAUAUCAAAGCAACAUGAAAGUGAACUGCGCAACCAAAAGGAGUACAUGGAUAGGGCCGAGCGAGAGUUGUUAAGAAGACACGCACUCGAAUUGAAACAGCAACCAAAGAGCCUAAAGCAAAAAGAACUCCAGAUUAGAAAACAGUUCCGUGAAACGUGUAAAACACAAACGAUUCAGUACAAGGCACUGAAGCGGCAGAUACUGCAGACGACACCCAAGGAAGAACAAAAGACUGUGAUAAAGCAACUAAAGGAAGAGCAACAUCGCAAGUUGACACUACUCGGUGAUCAGUAUGAACAAAGUAUUGCUGAUAUGCUGCAGAAGCAGAGCCUUCGUUUGGACGAAAGCCAGGAAGUGGAGUGCCACCAGCUGAAAGAUCGGUUACAGUAUGAGCUAGAUAUACUGUCUGCUUACCAAAGCAAAAAUCGCAUGCAGGCGCAAGCGCAACGCGAUCGCGAACGCAAGGAAUUGGAGGAUCGUGUCAGUGUACGGCGGGCAUUGCUGGAGAGUAAGAUGGAAACUGAGCUGCAGCAGUUUAAUCAAGAACGUGCGGAAAGGAUUCGCCAGUUGAAAGAGAAGCACGACAAACAACUGGAAACAUUUGAUGAAGAAUCUGCACGUAUGGGAUUCAGUGCCCUGGCCCUGGCAGAGGCAUCGAAGGAAACAUAUCCGGAUGAAGAGGGCAGCCUGUCCGGUUCGAUGCUGAGCUUAGCGCAUAGCAAUAGUUCCACCAGCUUUCCGGCUGGAUCUCUAUAG